AUGAACUAGGAAUCUGAAAAUUACAGAAAAACUCCUUUUGAGAUAAAAGAACCUUUUAAAUCAGGAUUUUUAAAAGUUUCUGAAAUUCACACUAUUUAUUGGGAGGUUUCUGGAAAUCCAGAGGGUAAACCUGCUAUUAUUAUUCAUGGAGGACCUGGUAGCUAAUCGAAUCCUAACAAUAGAGGUUUUUUCAAUCCUGAAAUUUAUAUGAUUGUUUAAUUUGAUUAGAGAGGUUGUGGUAAAUCUACUCCUUUUGCAGUGACUGAAGAAAAUACAACUUAAGAUUUAAUCAAAGAUAUUGAAACAAUCAGGGAUCUCUUGAAAUUAGAAGUAUGGCACACUGUAUUUGGAGGUAGUUGGGGAUCAACACUAGCUAUUUAUUAUGCUGAAACAUAUCCAUAAAAAGUUAAACACCUAAUCCUAAGAGGUAUUUUUACUGGUGGCUAAAAAGAAAUGGAUUUUUUUUAUUAAAAUGGCACAAAUUGGAUAUUCCCAGAUUACUAUGAAAGUUUCUGUAAUGCACUUCCAGAAGUUAAAAGAAAUAAUCUUCUUCAUAAUUACCAUCAACUUUUUAAUUCAGAUGUUAAUGAAGAAACCAAAAAAUAACUUGCUAUUGAAUGGACUAAGUACGAAAGUGCUAUUUCCUAUUUCAAAGUUCCUGAUAAUUUUUAGAAAGAAAUAGAAGAAGAUUAAUCAGUUCUUAGUAUUGCAAAAUUGGAAUCUCAUUAUUUUGCAAAUGGUUGCUUUUUUGAAAAAGAGAAUUAACUUAUUUAAGAUGCUCAUUUAAUUUCACACAUUCCAACAAUUAUAGUUAAUGGAAGAUAUGAUAUAGUCACUCCAUUAAAGGUAGCAUGGGAUCUUCAUAAAUAGAUAAAAAACUCUUAAUUAGUUAUUGUCCCAGAUGCUGGUCACUUAGCAUCAGAGCCUGGUAUUAAAGAAUAGCUUAUAAUAGCAACUUAAAAGUUUGAAAAAAAUUGA